GUCUCCCUCUGUCCCCCUCCUUCUCUUUCAUUCCCUUCCUGCUCUACAGAUGGCUCUGUGGCCUCUGCUCUCAGCCGCCUUCCCCGCUGUGUAGGGUGGUCCGUCUGUCUGUCUCCAUUUGCCCUGGUGCCUGUCCAUCCGGGUGUGGAGAGGACCCUGUGCUUAGAUGAACUGACCCAGGGGAGCCCACAGCCCCCCGAGGGAGGAAAUGAGCCCCCACCUCUGUCCUCUGCCCCUCCUGGCUCCCUGCCUGCCCGGCCAGGGGUCCCCAAUCUCCCAGCCCAACCCCCAGGCCUCCUCCUCGUCCCCACGUCUCCCAGUGAGGGGGUCUCCAGGGGCCUCCCUGCUGCUUCCCCUUUUCCAGGCUCUCCCUGGCCAAGUGGGGACGCACUCCGGGAAGAAACGAGGACACCGAGGUGGGGCAGUGGGGCGUGUGUGCAGAACCCACACCUCGUCCGGAGGCUGGAAACCACUCCACGGGGCCGUGCUUCCCCUCUCGCCCGCCGUCUUCCUCUUUUGGGGGCACGGGAGCCCCCUGCUCGCGGCCGCAGGGGUCUGGCCUCGUCGGUCCGACCUGACGUAGGAAGGUGUGCAGGGGCAUCAGGAGCUCCGUCCUUGCUCCUGGGAAGUCUCGCAGGCCAGGUGACGUCGACGUUGUAAAUAACAUGUAUGACCCUGACCCUGACCACUUGGCCGGCGAGAGCGCCGAGGACGAGACGGAGGACAGCGUCCUGUCCCCCAUCCCCACGGGGCCGCCCUCCCCCUUCCCCACCAGCGAGGACUUCACCCCCAAGGAGGGCUCGCCGUACGAGGCCCCCGUCUACAUUCCCGAGGACAUUCCGAUCCCGCCAGACUUCGAGCUGCGGGAGUCGUCCGUCCCCGGCGCCGGCCUGGGGAUCUGGGCCAAGAAGAAGAUGGAAGUCGGACGGCGCCUCGGCCCGUACACGGUGGCGGCCCAGACCGCGCUGAAGGAGACGGACUUCGGCUGGGAGCAAAUCCUGAUGGACUCGGAAAUGUCGUCACAGGAGGGCUGCAUCAGAAAGAUUUCCGAGGACCUGGGCAGCGAGAAGUUCUGCGUGGACGCUCACCAGACGGGGGCUGGCAGCUGGCUCAAGUACAUCCGCGUGGCCUGCUCCGGCGAUGACCAGAACCUCGGCCUGUGUCAGGUCAACCAGCAGAUUUACUACAAAGUCGUCAAGGACAUUGAGCCGGGUGAGGAGCUGCUGGUGAGCGUGAGGGAAGGCACCUACGGCCUCGGCACGGAGCCACCCAGCCUGGAUGAGGAGCGCACGUUCCGCUGCGACGAGUGCGACGAGCUCUUCCCGGCCAAGCUGGACCUGCGGCGCCACAAGAAGUACACGUGCGGCUCGGUGGGCACCGCACUCUACGAGGGCCUGGGCGACCGGCUCAAGGCCGAGGGCCUGGGCGGCACGGGUGGCGACGGGCAGGCCCACGAGUGCAAGGACUGCGAGCGGAUGUUCCCCAGCAAGUACAGCCUGGAGCAGCACAUGGUUGUGCACACGGAGGAGAGGGAGUACAAGUGCGACCAGUGCCCCAAGGCCUUCAACUGGAAGUCCAACCUCAUCCGCCACCAGAUGUCCCACGACAGCGGCAAGCGCUUCGAGUGUGAAAACUGCGUGAAGGUGUUCACGGACCCCAGCAACCUGCAGCGGCACAUCCGCUCCCAGCACGUGGGUGCCCGGGCCCACGCCUGCUCCGACUGCGGCAAGACCUUCGCCACGUCCUCGGGCCUCAAGCAGCACAAGCACAUCCACAGCACGGUCAAGCCUUUCAUAUGUGAGGUCUGCCACAAAUCCUACACGCAGUUCUCCAACCUGUGCCGGCACAAGCGGAUGCACGCCGACUGCCGCACGCAGAUCAAGUGCAAGGACUGUGGGCAGAUGUUCAGCACCACCUCCUCCCUCAACAAGCACCGGCGCUUCUGCGAGGGCAAGAACCAUUACUCGCCGGGCAGCCUCUUCGCCCCGGGCCUGCCCCUGGCCCCCAGCCCUGCGGCGGACAAGGCGAAGCCCCCCGCCGGCCUCAACCACGCCAGCCUGGGCUUCGGUGACUACUUCCCCUCCAGGCCGCACCCCGGGGGCCUGCCCUUCUCCGCCGCACCCCCCGCCUUCCCGGGCCUCACCCCCGGCUUCCCGGGCAUCUUCCCGCCGUCCCUGUACCCCCGGCCGCCCCUGCUGCCCCCCACGCCACUGCUGAAGAGCCCGCUCGGCCACACCCAGGACGCCAAGCUCCCCAGCCCCCUGGGCCACCCCGCGCUGCCCCUGGUCUCCGCGGUCAGCAACAGCGGCCAGGCCGCCGCGGCCGCCGUGGGCGCCGAGGAGAAGCUGGAGGGUGGUGGCCUGGAGGACGUCUACACGGAGCAGCUCAAGGCCAGGCACAGCGACCUGUCGGAUGGCAGCGACUUCGAGGACAUUAACACCACCACGGGCACCGACCUGGACAGCACGACAGGCAGCGGCUCAGACCUGGACAGCGACGCGGACAGUGACAAGGCCCGGGAGCGGGGCCCGGCGGCCGACGGCAAGCCUGCGUCAGCAGCGGGGGGCUCGGGGCCGCCGGGGACGCCCCAUGGCGUCGGCGAGGUGCCCAUCUUCUACCCCCAGCACGCCUUCUUCCCGCCACCUGAGGAGCAGCUGCUGAGCGCGUCGGGCGCCGCAGGCGACUCCAUCAAAGCCAUCGCCUCCAUCGCCGAGAAGUACUUCGGGCCUGGCUUCGUGGGGCUGCAGGAGAAGAAGCUGGGGGCGCUGCCCUACCACUCCGUGCUCCCCUUCCAGUUCCUGCCCAACUUCCCCCACUCCCUGUACCCCUUCACGGACCGGACCCUGUCCCACAGCCUGCUGGUCAAAGCCGAGCCAAAGUCGCCCCGGGACGCCCUCAAGGCGGGCGGCCCCAGCGCCGAGUCCCCGUUCGACCUCACCACCAGACCAAAGGAGGCCGGGCCCGCCCCACCCGGCCCCAAGCUGCCCCCGGCCCCGGCGCCCGGCGAGGAGCCCCUGGACCUCAGCAUCGGCAGCCGGGCACGAGCCAGCCAGAACGGCGGGGGCCGGGAGCCCCGGAAGAACCACGUCUACGGCGAGCGGAAGCCGGGGGCCGGCCAGGGGCUGCCCCGGAUGUCCCCAGCGCACCUGCCCCAGCAGCCGCCCCUGCACUACGCCAAGCCCUCGCCCUUUUUCAUGGAUCCCAUCUACAGCAGGGUAGAGAAGCGGAAGGUGACGGACCCCGUGGGAGUCCUCAAGGAGAAGUACCUGCGGCCGUCCCCGCUGCUCUUCCACCCGCAGAUGUCCGCCAUCGAGACCAUGACAGAGAAGCUGGAGAGCUUUGCGGCCUUAAAGGCCACCUCGGGCAGCUCCCUGCAGCCCCUCCCCCACCACCCCUUCAACUUCCGGACCCCACCCCCAACGCUCUCGGACCCCAUCCUCCGCAAGGGCAAGGAGCGAUACACGUGCAGGUACUGCGGCAAGGUCUUCCCCAGAUCGGCGAACCUCACCAGGCAUCUGCGGACGCACACCGGGGAGCAGCCCUACAGGUGUAAGUACUGCGACCGGUCCUUCAGCAUCUCCUCCAACCUGCAGCGGCACGUCCGGAACAUCCACAACAAGGAGAAGCCGUUCAAGUGCCACCUGUGCAGCCGCUGCUUCGGCCAGCAGACCAACCUGGACAGGCACCUCAAGAAGCACGAGCAUGAAAACGUCCCAGUGAGCCAGCACUCUGGGGUCCUCACGAACCACCUUGGGACCAGUGCCUCCUCCCCCACCUCCGAGUCCGACAACCACGCACUUUUGGAUGAGAAAGAGGACUCCUAUUUCUCAGAAAUCCGGAACUUUAUUGCAAACAGCGAGAUGAACCAGGCAGCGGCUCGAGCAGAAAAGAGGCCGGAGGCGCCGGAGCUGGACGGCGGGGCGCAGGGCCCGGGCCUGGGCGGCCAGAAGCCGGGCGACGCCGACGAGGACGAGGAGGAGCUGGAGGAGGAUGAGGACAGCCUGGCCGGCAAGUCCCAGGGCGACCCCGCGUCCCCCACGCCCGAGCCCCGGGGCGCCUUCGAGGAUGAGGAGGAUGAGGAGCCGCCCGCCGCCCUGGCCGUGGGCUUCGACCACACCCGCAGGUGUUUUGAGGAGGAAGAAGGCGGCCUGGGGGCUUUGGAGCCGAUGUCAACUUUUGGGAAGGGGCUGGACCUCCACAAAGCAGCUGAGGAAGCGUUUGAAGUUAAAGAUGUGUUUAACGCCACCUUAGACCCUGAGACUUUAAAGCAGACCCUGUUCAGGCAGGCUCAGAGCCAGGCGUACGCAAUGAUGCUGUCCCUUUCCGAGGACCCUCCCCUCCACGCCCCCUCCCGGGGCUCUCUGAAUGCGUGGCUGGACAUGACGGGGGCCGCGUCGGAGUCCGGAGCCUUUAACCCGGUCAACCACCUCUGAGGGGCCCAGAGGCAACAGGGGCCAAGCCCGACGUGAGGCCCAAGGAAAUCCCCCCGCGGAGGACGGAGCCGAGGGCCUCAGGGAGCCGGCUUGCCCCAGGGCCCGGGAGACCCCCAACCUCAUCACCUGCAUCCUCGGCCCCUGCCCCCCGCCCUCCGCGCUUCAACGCCAACUUUCUAGAUGAAAACUCAGAACCCGAAGGUCCCCGAAGCAGUCGUGGAGUUUCGCCAUCUCUGAGAAUUGUUCUAGAAAAUCCAUUCCGCUCACGGCACAGCACACGCACAUCCGAGUUCGGCCGUGGGAGCUGCCACGCACAAUCCCCCGUGUGGGCAAGGGUGGAAUUUUAAUCCAAAGCUGGAGCUGGUGGGCCACUCCAGGGCGCCGCGAGGGAUCACGGAGGGGACGGGCUGACACAGCUGGUUCUCCCGGGGCACAUGGCCCCGGCCAUUUUUAUAAUGAAAACCACGAAAGUAGCCCUUUUGGUAACCCCAACUACAGAGUCCCUUUAAGCAUGUGGUUUUAAAAAAGACGGUAUUUUUUAAAAAUCGAAAAUGACUUGCAAAUUGUUUUUUAAAUGUAAUUUUGCAUUGCUUUGAAAUCUCAGCUUAUUUGCAAACCCAAGCCUGCCUCGGAAUCAGCACCGUGUUUCGGUGUGUUCUUUAUACUGUAGAUAAUAGAGAAAUUUUUUAUCCCCGACCCUAUUUGUACAAGCUGAGGUGGUUCUGGGUGCCCCAGAACCCAGUGGUCCGCCCCCGUGGGCAGCGGGCAGACAGCACUGUGGGGUUCCUAGACCUGGCGCCCUGGGCUGGGCAUGCCUGCUCUGUGGCCUGUCAUUCAUGCCUGGCAUCCCUCCUCGUGGCCCCCAGAGGGGUCCACGGGCCUCCACACAAGACCCCCCAAUUGUAUGGGGCAGGUCGGGGGCUGAUGGCCGCGGUGCCAAUGCGGGAACGCGGCCGGGGGCCUGCCUUUCUUUCGGCCACCCCGGCUCGCCCCCUACCCCCAGCCACUCUUCGCAAGGCGCAGCCGCUCGGCCACAUUCCGGGUCUCCAGCCUCCGCCUUCCCCCGGCCCCGUCGGACGGACAAUGGGGAGGAAGCCAGCAGCGUCCAGCCGUCCUCUCCGCGGCCACCCCGGGGGAACACUCCGGAACCCCAGGUCUCCCCGUGCCCAGCUCCGACGGACGACGCAGCGCUCGCAGCUGCGGGUUCUGCUCUCGGCGCAGGCGCGUGGCAUGAAGCGAGGACACCCAGGCCGGACCACUGCCGGGAGGGGGGACAGCCCGGCCUUGCCCGGAGGCCGGGACACACAGAACUUCUCUGUUUGGAUGGGCUUUAAAUUAUUCCCAUAGGGGCCAACUGAAAAUAAUAAUUUUUCCCUGAUGGAAUUGACCUUAAUCUGUAUAUAUCUUGUAAUUUUUCUAAUUCAUUUCUUUUCUUAUUUUAUUUCUUCCUUAACAGUAUUUUUGGCGUUAGACAUCCUUAUUGUGAAGAAAUAAUGUUAAUAUAAGUACCUAGUGAAGGACCAAAA